AUGUUAAGCUUCCCAAAAGAUACCAAACACGAGCAGAAAUGCUACGUGACACAUGGUACCAUGGGUCAUCUUGACCCCAAACAAACACCUGUAAAACGGAAACCAUUUGUGAAUAUCUUGGGUCAUAAAUUUAUCAACAAGGUUGAGAUGAUAUUACCCAAGGAAUUGUAUGAGAUUAUGAAGAGCGGGGUGGAUGGAGUUUUGGGGGAGGAUAGUCCGGUUUAUAGUCGGGUUGUGCUUCCAUUGAGUGCAUUGCUGGAGGGAGAGUUUUUUACGGAGUAUAUUAAAAAAGGUGAGGCACGUGAGGGCAUUGCGAGGUUACUUUUUGCUUACGGGAUUCUAGGAAAUAUUAUGAUGCUUUCCAAGGGAAUGAUGGGGGUUGAUAAUGUGUUUUCCUUGAGUGAGGGAAUCUUAACCUUGCAUCUGGAUAAGGAAACUUAUGAAAGAUCUGGAUUAGUGGGCAAACCGGAGGGAAUUAAGGGGAAACGAGAACAUCGACCUCGAUGGAUUGUUGAAAUAAAUUUACGAUUACCAUCAAUGUUACACGGCAAGAAGGGUUUUCGAAGGAUUGAAUAUGCAUUCAAGAAUGUAUUGACUACUCCUGUAACGUGGCUUUUCUGUGACCUAGGAGCUACAGUAUUACCAUCUGACCCAUUAUCUCCACAUCAUCCACACAAGAUAGCAUGCAUUCCAAAAGUAUCGAGUGACUUGACAGUCAAGAGACCUCGAUUUGAACCUCCAGUAGAGAACAAUAAAAACUAUGACGAGGACUUUCGCGACUUCGCCAGCGAAAUUCAUGAGUGGCUCUCAUUAAUAUCGCUAGAAAGUCCACGAGUCAAUUCAACGGACAAGAUCGACCCCUUUCUGUCCCGUUACGACCCUCCGAUAGGUUCAGAUGAAGCGAAGGAGCUGGUGAAAGUCACAUGGACUGGAUUCAUUUCCUCUACAUGGGCACAUAAUACUUUUAUCCAAGCUCUACUCGUAGCGCCGAGAAAUUCUUGGUUUUCGUAUUAUGUUGGCGGGUUUAGCGAUAGCUGGAAUGGCGAGAGCAAGAACUGUACGGUAUUGAAGUUGCCUGAUGUCCCCAACGAUUAUGUUUUGUGGGAAGUAGAAUAG